AUGCCUACGCAGGCGAAGAGGCCGGUGGUUCAUUCGCACGUUGUGCAGAAACGCUCCGGCAACAUCGUGCGCGACGCGGUCAGCAUUCUGUCAACCAAGAGCGACGAGGGUGAAAUCCCGCUGGUGCUCGUGCCGUCGCACCGGUCCACCCUCUCGAUGCUCCUAACUGUGCCCACGGGCGUCUUCUGCCUGCUGCAGAAGUUCGGGCAGGACCUGGGUGAAAUCGAACCCGGCCUGCACAUCCUGCCGUCCUACUACCGUAUCGCGUACGUUGUGUCCAAACAGGCGUGUUCCUACGACGCACCCGUGAGGGAAUGUCCAACAUCGGACGACGUGCGGGUGAACAUCGACGUGGUCGUCGUUUUCCGGAUAGUUGACGCCUCGCAGUUUAUAUACAAGCUAGGAGUCAAGAAUUUCGACGAUUAUCUUUCGGGCACCGUGGACGAAUCGAUCCGCGUCCUCGUGCGCCAGCAGGACCACAAGACCGUCUACGAGCUCCGCGGCGAGAAGGCAGAGGCAAUGCUCGCGAACCUGAACGAGAAGUUCAAAGACUACGGCGUGGCCUUCACCGCCGUGAAGAUCGUGUCGGUCUGGCUGCCAACCGAUCUUCAGCAGGCCCUCGAGGAUACAACGAAGAUGUCAAAGGCCAUGGAGAAGAUGAAGCGCAAGAACGAGUUCGAGAUGAUGCAGAUUAGGCAGGAGUCUGAGAUGAAAAUCGAGCAGAUCAAGAGGACCAGCGAGCAGGAGAUUGUGAAACAGCAGGGGAAGAAGAAGCGCUGCGAACUCCAGUUUGAGCAGGACAGCGUCAAGGCCGAGCAGGACGGCAAGGUGGCCCUCAUCCGAGCGGAGGGGAAGGCGGAGGUCCUGAACCACGAGGUCAUGGCGUCCCUGAACCGCACCAAGACCGAGAGCGAGACGCAUCGCGUGGAGCAAAUCGCCAAGGCCGAGGCAGACGCGACUGCCCUCAGGCUGAAGGCGGAUCUUGACUACGAGAAGGUCCUGAUCGAGGCUAGCUGGCAGGAGGAGGCCAUGAUCUGCGACGCCGCUGCGACGAAGCACGAGGCGAGCGCAGAGAAGGAGAUGUCCAGGAGCUACGUGGCCAAGCGGAAGCACGACAUGGACCUGCGCGAGAAGACGAUCCUCCAGAACUUGGCCGCGACCGGAAACUUCAACCUCGUCGGCACAUCUGGCGACAAGGGUGCGGACGGCAAGUCGCUGCACCACGUGGACCCUUCGGUCACGAGGGCCCGUUCCUGCCCCGCGGAGCUCGUGCCCGCCUGGCGACCCCGGGCGGCCCUGCGCGAGGCCCUGGCAGACGACUGCGGCCCGCACGGCCUGUGCGUGGACAUCGGGCUGCUGCCGGAGGCGUGGAUCUGCCAGCGCGGGACUCAGUGCGCUCCGCCGACCCUGGCAGCAGCCAGAGCAGGUGCGUCCCCAAGGCGUGCCCCCUCCGCGGCCAGGCGCCGCAGCCUCGCCCGGAGCUUCUGCAGGUGGCCGGCAGGGCCAGGGUGGCUCGGCACAGCAGCUCCGAGCCCACCCCGCAGCCUGGCCGCAGGAGCACCAGCAUCAGGACUGAGCGUCGCCCCCAGCGACUCCCUGGAGCACGGGUGCGUGAACAAGCUCCUCGAGGCCCAUGCGGACCUGCACAUGUCCCGCGCCACGGUCGCGCACAGCAACCUCGGGGGCAGAGGCCCGGACGGCGGUGAGGCGAACCUGAGGUUCACGGGGCUCGGCACGGUCGGUGACGCACACAUCGACCUCGUCGUCACGGCCACCUCCGAGUACGCGCCCGGAGACAACUACGAGUACGAUCUCUCCAACGGGCUGAGCGGCAAUUUCGGAAUGAUCAGCGUGCCCAUAUGCCAGAGCGUUGACCUGCUCUUCACGUUCGUCGACAACGCCACAGGUCAUCCCUACGAGCUGGACGCGUUCGACAUGACCUUCUUCGACCUGGACGCGGGGAGCAGACUUCCGUCCAUGUUUUCCGAGGAGAGCUCAUCGUCGGCGACUGGGACAGCUACGCCGUGCCCGACAAGCCGAUGUACACUCACGAGGUGCUCGACGAUGGUCGUUUCCUGGCGACGUGUGCGGAGCUCGUGGAGACGACCCCGACGGAGACCCCAUGAUCCUCACAGACGCGCAGCUGUCGCGCUCGAUCGCGGUGUACUUCAAGCACAGGAGGCGACUGUCCGGAUCACCACCAGCGUCCCGUGCAUCUUCCCGGUCCGGGGGCGGCGCAAGUUCUUGUGGGCGUUCGAGUCGGCUGCGGCGCCGCCGCUGCCGCCGUGCCCUGCCCCGGAGCCGGUCGUCGGCGGCGUGCCCUCCGAGUACUACGUGCAAGAGGUGUGCGACAUGGGGUACUCGAUCGACGGGUCGGGCGACCCCGCUUACGGCUUCUACAACACCGCGUGCAACGGCGACGCGCUGGAGCCCGCCCCGCAGUGCGUGCCGGUGAGCUGCGGGAUGCCCCCGCUCAAGGCGAACAUGGUCGCGUCUGAUCCGGAGAGAGAGCUGUUCUUCCGCGACGUCGUGACGUACACGUGCGGGGAGGGUCAUUCCCUCGACGGCACCGCGUCGGGGCAGACCCAUCAGUCGCUGCUGUGCCUCACCAGCGGAAUGCUGGAGCGCGAGCAGCCCUGCAAGCUCGUCGAAUGCGAGGUGCCGCAGAUGGGGAACAGCUCCGUGCAGGACAUGGCGUACCAGCUGGCGCCCGGAUCCUCCCUCUGCCCGCAAAAGCACCGCGUAAGCGACAUCCGCGCUUGCAAGGCGGCGCUCGACCACCUCGGCUUGGCCGACGAGCUCGCGGAGGUCGACACCGAGGGGCCCGGGGGCUGCAGUGUGCAGGACCACAGGGGCUACUGGCGGGCCGCCUCGCCCGGGACCGUCCUGGAAGGCGCUGCGCCCGUCUGCCAGCGCGGGGCCACGUACUACCUGGAGCACGCGGUCUACCGUUGCGUCCACGGCUUCUCCUUCGACGCCAGCGAUCCAGACAAGACGACGGUCAGCAGGAAGUGCAUAGCGAACGGGCAGUUGGAGGACCUGCCGCCAGAGCGGCAGGCGUGCGUCCCGGUGCGGUGCGGCCAGCCUCCGAGGGUGGCCGGUGCCAGCUACGAGGACCGCACCUACGCGUUCGGGGAGAGGGUGACCUACACCUGCGACGAAGACAAGACCGUCGACGGGACACUCCGCGGGCGGACCUCCUUCUCGGUCGACUGCGAGAGCUCGGGCAGGUUCAGCCAGGCGGUCACGCGCGCCUGCGUCGAGCCGGUGUUCUCGGUCGGAGGGACGGUCGCGGACGCGCGGACCUUCGCCCCGGUGGCCGGCGCCAAGGUGAGCGUGGGCGUCGGCCGCUCCGUGUGGACGAACGAGAUGGGGAGGUUCCUUGCCCACGGUGUCGGCAUCGGCAGAAACCUCGUGGUCGUGAGCCGCGAGGGCUACGAGGACACAGAGCGCAACCUCACCAUCACCAGCGAGUUUGGCCAUUCCCACGUGGCGGGGAACUUCCUGGCGGACGUAUUGCUGUUCCCCGCGUUGAAGGAGGGCGACUACCGCGUCACGCUCCACUGGGAGAAGGCGCACGACCUGGACCUACACCUGGCGGACCUCAGCAGCACCGACGGGCCGGGCGCGCACUUGUCGUGGAAGCAGCCCGUGGCGGCGGUCGCAGGCCUCAGCGCGGGGAUGGGCGCUGACGUCACGCAGACGAAUGGCACCGAGUACGCGCUCCUCGACGACGUCCCCGGGAACUGCAGGGGCCUCCGCGAGUGCAGGACCCGGAUCGCGGUCAGAGUGCAUUCCACGACAGAGGCCUGCGUGGCGCCGAAGGGCCCCCCGUACGUGCUCGACACCUGCUUCCUGAACGCAGUGGUCACGGUCACCGACCACACAGGCAAGCGAGCCGAGUACUGGGCAGGCGGGACACAAGGCCUGUGGUGGACCGUGUUUGUCCUGGACGGCGUGAGCGGCACGCUGUACGCGUGCCACGACGCCGACUGCGCCGGAGCCCCAGGCGGCGGGGCGCCCACCGCCCGCGGCGCGGCAGCGGCCCGGCUCCUCGCGUGA